AUGAACUAUCCUAUACUUGGCUUCAAGUCAUUCAAAGAAGAAAAAUCGGCUAUUUGGGAUAAAAUUCUGAAUAUAAAAUACAGGACACUCAAGAAACAAAAAGUUGACAAAGCUUUAUGUUUUCAAGGGAUGAUGCUGACCGAUGGUGUUGGUGUUACUAUUUUGAAGCAAAAUUUUGAAUCUGAACGCUGUCAAAAAACGGGUGCUGCUGUUACAUCUGGAGAAUCCAACACCAAUACAGGUCGGAAAAUUAAAAGAACAAAAACAAUUAAUGAAGGCAGCUUUACAAACAAGUACGAUAAACAAUUCUCAAUCAUUUCGAUUUACAAAAAAUCAAAGAAACAAGAAAUCAUGACGGCUAAGGCUUAUAAGAAACAAUUUGAAGCCAGCGUCUAUCAAAUUAUUGAAGGUACAACUACCUGGUUAAAGAAAGAGCAACUAUCAGAAGAAGGAGUCAAUGCCAAACAAGUUCAAAUUAAGCACUCCUCAUUUUACCGUUUCGUCGAAUGA